GCUCCCGCGCGCAGUGAAGAUGGCGGCCGCGGUGGGAAGGUUACUCCGGGCUUCGGUUGCCCGACAUGUGAGCGCCAUUCCUUGGGGCAUUUCUGCCUCUGCAGCCCUUAGGCCUGCUGCUUCUCGAAGAACAUGCUUGACAAGUGGAUUGUGGUCUGGUUCCAGUCAGGCAAAACUCGCCUUUAGCACCAGUUCCUCAUACCACGCCCCUGCCGUCACCCAGCACGCACCCUAUUUUACGGGGACAGCCGUUGUCAAGGGAGAGUUCAAAGAACUAAGCCUUGAUGACUUUAAGGGGAAAUAUUUGGUGCUCUUCUUCUAUCCUUUGGAUUUCACCUUUGUGUGUCCGACAGAGAUUGUUGCUUUUAGUGACAAAGCCAAUGAGUUUCACGACGUGAACUGUGAAGUUGUCGCUGUCUCAGUGGACUCUCACUUCAGCCAUCUCGCCUGGAUAAAUACCCCAAGGAAGAAUGGCGGUUUGGGCCACAUGAACAUCCCACUCUUGUCAGAUUUAACUAAACAAAUUUCCCGAGACUACGGUGUGCUUUUAGAAGGUCCCGGUCUUGCACUAAGAGGGCUCUUCAUAAUUGACCCCAAUGGAGUCAUCAAGCAUUUGAGCGUCAAUGAUCUCCCAGUGGGCCGAAGCGUGGAAGAGACCCUCCGCUUGGUGAAAGCAUUCCAGUUUGUGGAAGCCCAUGGAGAAGUCUGCCCGGCAAACUGGACACCGGAUUCUCCUACAAUCAAGCCACAUCCGACCGCUUCCAAAGAAUACUUUGAGAAAGUAAAUUAGUGUGUCAUCCCAUGUGUACCUGAAGCUUCUCACAGCAGAAAAGAACCACAGUUGGAACUACUUUUAGCAUUUCAAAGAUUAUUAUUUAUGGAAGGCAAAAAAUCAAUUAUGCUUGUAUUCAUAAAUAAUACUCUAAAUGUUUUGUUUUUGUAACAUUGGCUAAGGCUUUUUAACAUGGUUAGUUACUAACAUAAGGAGCCCUUUACUGGUAACGUAUUGAUGGCUAGCGAGUUUAUGUAGAAUGCUUAUUUCACCUGUCUCUUAGAUCAUGUCUUCACUGGGAAAAGGAAACACUCUUCUUUCGUAGUCUUACUUGAACCUUUGUGUACAACAGAGUAGUAUGACACACACUGAAAACUUCUGAUCAAGGGUCCUGAAAUUUUCUUCUUGAAUUUCUUUGAUUUAAACAAUUUUCUUUUAAGGUAACAAAGAUCAUAGUUUUAAGUUGUUAGCAUCAGCGGUCUAAUUUAACUCUUGCAAUGGAUGUAUAUGUGAUUGAAACAAAUGUGAAUCAUGUUUUUAAAAAAACACGGUGGCAAAGUGACUUAACUGAUCAUGCAUGUUCCCGAUCCCUGAGAUUUAUAGUUUAUAUAGUUA